AUGAGUUGUAACUCAUAUGAAGAAGGUUCAAGGAUGAAGAAGGGUACUACUACUGAGGCUGAUGCAAAAAUAAUUGAUUUUGAGAAGAAGAAACGAAGUUCUUCAGGUAUGGAUCGAUUCAAGAAGAUGCAAUGUUCAGUAACGCUAAGAAGGUUAUUGGUUCAUCCAGAUGGAGUGUAUUUCAAGAAAGGAAAGGCUUCGCGGAUUCAUGAUGAUUCAAAGCCUUCGAUGGAUUUGGAGAGUGUUCAAUCGAAGCUACGGAACGAUUUGUACAAGAAAACUGAUCAAUUUGCCUCUGAUAUCAGAACGGUGUUUCGCAAUGCCAUGUCCUGGUACCCUUCGAGGCAUGAAGUUCAUCGAAUCGCCGCGAAGUUAAGCGAUCUUUUCGAGACAAAGUGGAAGGAUUUGGAGGGAAGAUGGCUAGCUGAGAAGGAAAACAAGUUAGAGAAUGAAGAAAAAAAGCCAAAUUCAAAGCCUUUGAAAUUGAAUGCAGGGGAGAAAAGGAAACAACUUUCUGAUUCAGAUUUGUCAAUUGCUAUUGCUGAAGCUAAAUUAAUAUUGGAGAAGAAGAAAACCAAUGAAGCUACACAACAGAACAGAGUUUGCUUGCAAAGGAAGAAACAGAGGGAGAUGAUGCAGAAAAUGGAGAGAACAGUUUUCUUUGAUGAUGCUUUCAAGUCCUUUCAGGAUUUGGAAAACUUGUGUGGCCAUUCACUGACACAUUAUUGCACAAAGGAAAAUCCACUGUUGAAGAACCUCACAGGUUUGGUUCUUAAGGAAAAAGAUCUUUAA